UGGAUAAAAAAUGUUCUAAAAACCAAUUUGAUAAAUUUUUAAACCCUUUUUGAUCCAAAUUUCAAAACUUUAGUGUAAUAAUAUUUUUUUUAAUAAAAGAAAAGUAAAAAUGUCAUUUUACCCCUCAUAUUAGCGACAAUUUCAAUGAUGAUACUUGGCACAAAUAUUGGAUGGACAUCGCCCACAAUUCCACAAUUAUUAAAUUCAUCAAAUUCACUGCAAAUAACAUCGGACAAUGGUUCAUGGAUUACUUCCCUUCUAAUGUUGGGCUCAUUACCAGGAUGUAUUAUCGCUGCAUUAAUUGUCGAUCGAAUUGGUCGAAAAUCAAGUUUACUUCUUGCAAAUAUUCCCCUUUUAAUUGGAUGGAUUUUAAUUAUAAUUGCCCGUGAACCAUAUAUACUUGUACGAUUAAAUGAACUUACCAGGACGAGAUCACGUAGCAUAAUUUUCAUUGCACGUUUCAUCAGUGGAAUUGGAAUGGGCUGUGUCUAUACAUUAUGUCCAAUUUAUAUUGGUGAAAUUGCCGAUAAAAAUAUUCGUGGAACUUUAGGUACAUUUUUAAAAUUAAUGAUGAAUUUCGGUGAAUUUUAUAGUCACGCAAUUGGUCCAUAUGUGUCGUAUACAAUAAUGGCUUAUUGUUGUGCUGCGUUACCAAUAAUAUUUUUCAUCACUUUUAUUUGGAUGCCUGAAUCGCCAUAUUAUCUUCUUUUGAAAAAUAGAAAAAAUGAUGCCAUCAAGAGUUUGAGAAAAUUGAGGAAUUAUGAUAAUGAUGAUGAUGAUGAUAAAUUAUUUAAAGAGCUCGAGCAUAUAAAUGAAACUGUCAUCAAGGAUAUGUCAAAUAAAGGUCAAUUUUGGGAUCUUUUUCGCACGUCUGGUAAUAAGAAAGCUGUUGUCAUUUGCUUUGGUCUUCAGUUGAUUCUUCAAUUCAGUGGAUUGGCGGCAAUUGAAUCUUAUACUCAGAAAAUAAUGUCCGAAGGAGAGACAAAAUUACCAGCAUCGAUGGCAGUGAUAAUUUUAAAUAUUUUUCAAACAGCAGCAGGUAUUAUUGCAGCGACUCUUGUCGAUAAAAUUGGUAGACGACCACUUUUAAUAAAUACGACAUUUUUCGCUGGAUGUGCCUUACUAAUUAGUGGUAUAUUUUGUUAUCUGAAAAAUCAAUUAAAAUUCGAUAUGAAACCAUAUGGAUAUAUUUUAAUAAUAUCAAUAAUAUUUUAUGAACUAAUAAUUUCCCUUGGUUUAAAUCCAAUUGCUUAUAUGAUGUUGGGUGAAUUAUUUUCAACCAAUAUUAAAGGCUUUGCCGUAUGUUCAACAAAUAUUUGGACGAGUCUUUUAGCUUUUAGUGUGACAAAAUUAUUUCAAGUUAUAACAGAUUCCUCGGGUAUUGAAAUUUCAUUUACAUGGUUCGCCAUUUCCUGUUUUAUUGGAGUUGUCUUUAUUGUUUACUAUGUUCCCGAAACAAGAGGUAAAACAUUUUCCGAUAUUCAACAUGAAUUGAAUAUAUAAUAAUUGAAUAAAGAAGAAACUGUAAAUAUCAAAAGUUAAAUGAUUGAAAACGCAAUUUUGCAUUUUAGUAGGUUUUUUUUUUAUUUUCGUACUUGUACAGUUUUUCUUUUCAAGUAACAAUAAUCUCAUUUGGAUUAUAUGUAUAUAUAUAUAUAGUUUAGUAAAUACAGAAUAGCGUUUUUAGAUUUUUUUUUAGAAAAUAUGGAUUUUUACUAAAGGCGAAGACAGAUAUGUACUUAAAGCUGAAAAUUCAUUUGAUAUAAUCUUCAUUUUUAAACUCUCACUUUUUUACAAGUCUCGAAAUAAAGUUCUAAAUACCAUUUUGGUUAAACUACUUAUAGUUUACCUCUAGGCAACAUUUUCUACCAAUAAUAAUUAAUAACAGAUAAGAAACAUUUUUGAAAAAUUAAAACUCUAUUAUUAAUAAUAGAAGAGAAUAAUGUAAUUAUUAAAAUGUAAAAAAUGAUCAGUAUUAAAACGAGUAGUCAUCAAAAUUGUGAUUAAUUUUUGGGAGAAAUUGUUGCACUCAUUUAUCGGCAUAUUUGUAUAAUAUUAAACAAAAUGAAAGCAAAAAAGAAAGCUCAUCAGCUUUGAAAUAGUUAAUACUGCUCUUCUAAAUUUUUUUUAUUGUUUACUCGGUGUCAACUAUAUUGUUCUCUAAUCGUCUUAAAAAUUAAAUUGUACGUAUCUAUUAUAUGUAUGUAUAUUUAUGUUUCAUAUUAUGGAGAUUUACAAUUUACAGUAACGAAAAUUCCUCGAUUACAUUAUUUUAAUUGUAAAAUACAAUAAUGAUAAUUUAAUUUAAAAUUCUAUCAUUCUUUAUAUGAAACUUUUGUGACAGAACUACGAAACUUUUAAACCUAAAUUUUUAUUCAGAUCCUAUUUUUGAAAUAAUAUAAACUCACGUUAAAAAUGUAUAUAAGAAAAAUUAUUGUGUAGAAUAAAAAUAUCACCCACAAAAAAUAAAAGACUAUUUAAACUAAGAAAAUAUCUAAAUAAAAGAUAUUUGGAGUAAAAAUAUUAUUAUGGAAAAAUAUAUAGUAUGCAAAAUAAAUAUUAUUAUGCAGAAAAAUAAUUUUUCAGUAAUUUCAGAAUUUCCGAUUAUAUUGAUCUAUAUAUAUAAUAUAAACAAUUUCAGAUUUCUUAGACCGUAAGAUGAAGUAUCACAUGCAAAAUUGGAAUGAUUGUUUAUUUAUGAUUUAUAUUAUUUUAUGAUUGCUAUCGUUUUGUGUUUUAUCUGAGAUCCAUAAAAUAUAAAGCGAUAAGCUCUACUCUUAAAUACUAGUAAUGAUAUUGAAAAAACUAAAUACAAAAAAAAAUAAAACAAAAAAAAACAAA